AAUCUGUCUUUCAUGGAGAGCUUAAGUAAUUCUCCUUUAUUCCAAAUGACAAUGAAUCCUUGGAUAUUGCAAAGUGCUUUUGUGCUUCGGUGAACACAACUGUAAAACUCAGCGGCAUGUGGGAAGAGCUUGAGCGUACAGGCAGGCAGUGGUAUACUUAACCAUCUUGCAUGUACUGUUUCUACUUAUCAGAGCAAGAGGAUACUUUAAACUGCUGAAAUCCAAAGGAGACAGAACAGUGGGAUUUUUCCAUUAAGUUACCAAAAAAAAAGAGCUUUCUCUUUAACUCUUUAAACUCUUUAUGAUAUAGGUUCUUUUUUUUUUUCUUUUUUUUACUACUGCUAUAUUUUUACAUGCAUUGGGUUAGUGGAUUGCAAUGGACUAAGGAAUGCUUUUACUUGGUGGGACUUAUAGUCAAUGUGACUGUUACACCAUAAGACACUUACAAUGGAUUCUACGACCUCAGAAGACUCCGAGCAGAAAUACACUACUUCCAAAUUAAAAAAGAAGGAAUCGAAUGAUAAAAUGGUUCAGCGUUUGCAGGGGAUAUUACGAUGUUUGGUAAAACAGCUUGAGAAAGGAGAUAUUAAUGUAUCGGACCUAAAAAAUAAUAUUGAAUAUGCAGCAUCUGUAUUGGAAGCAGUUUACAUUGAUGAAACCAGACGCCUAUUGGAUACAGAGGAUGAGCUCUCUGACAUCCACACAGACUCGGUUCCGAUGGAGGUGAGAGACUGGUUGGCAUCCACCUUCACAAGGAAAAUGGGCAUGAGGAGAAGGAGGCCUGAAGAAAAACCAAAGUUUCGAAGUAUCGUCCAUGCAGUUCAAGCUGGAAUAUUCGUUGAAAGGAUGUACAGAAGAUCUUCCAAUAUGGCUGGUCUUACAUAUCCCUCAACAGUGAUAGCAUGUUUAAAGGAUAUCGAUCAAUGGUCUUUUAAUGUGUUUUCUUUAAAUGAAACUAGUGGAGAACAUGCACUUAAAUUUAUGGUUUAUGAGCUGUUUACACGAUAUGACCUUAUCAAUCGCUUUAAGAUUCCUGUUUCUUGCCUUGUAUCAUUUGUGGAAGCAUUAGAAGUUGGUUACAGCAAAUACAAAAAUCCAUACCACAAUUUAGUCCAUGCAGCUGAUGUUACCCAAACUGUGCACUACAUAUUGCUCCAUACAGGUAUCAUGCACUGGCUCACAGAACUGGACAUUUUGGCAAUGAUCUUAGCUGCUGCUAUCCAUGACUAUGAGCACACUGGGACCACAAACAACUUCCAUAUACAGACAAGGUCAGAUGCUGCAAUAUUGUAUAAUGAUCGUUCCGUACUAGAAAAUCAUCAUGUCAGUGCUGCCUAUCGAAUCAUGCAAGAGGAUGACAUGAAUAUUUUGGUAAAUGUAUCCAAAGACGACUGGAGAGACUUGAGAACACUGGUCAUCGAGAUGGUUUUAUCUACAGAUAUGUCUGGUCACUUUCAGCAGAUAAAAACUAUGAGGAGUACACUACAACAGCCAGAAGGAAUAGACAAAUCGAAAGCAAUGUCCUUGAUUCUUCACGCUGCAGACAUCAGUCAUCCAGCAAAAACGUGGGAUAUGCAUCAGAGGUGGACAGACUUACUGAUGGAGGAAUUCUUCCGACAGGGCGACAAAGAGGCUGAAUUAGGGCUUCCAUUCUCACCACUCUGUGACAGAAAAUCAACACUGGUAGCACAGUCACAAAUAGGGUUCAUAGACUUCAUAGUGGAGCCGACAUUCACACUUCUAACUGACUCAACAGAGAGAAUUGUUAUUCCUCUUAUAGAGGAAACUACAAAAUCUGAUCACUCUGUCUUUGAUAAGCCCAGUCUGAAUAAUUCUGAAGCUGGCGGUGGUACAGACACACAAAGAAAACCCAGCAUGCGAACGUCGCAGACUGAUGGAGGAUCUGUAAUGGAAUACUCUUUGGCGUCUGUGGACUUACAACAUUUCAAAAAGAAUUUGGUUGAAAUAAUUCAGCAGAACAAGGAAAGAUGGAAAGAACUGGCAGUACAAGAAAGAAAUUUAAAAUCCAUUAACAACAAUGAAGAAAGUGUAAGGGAAAUCUAAUCUUUUUUUUUAACAAUUUAAGGACAAUAUAAAAAAGCAAAAAGAUUGAUGGGAAAUGGAGGAAAAGCCUAACUGGGAUAUCAUUUAGGCAUAUGUCGAAAUGUACAACAAUCACUUUAUAUAUAUAUAUAUCUAUUUUUGGUGGCAUGAUAUUAGGACACUGGAGGAAAUCAUCAUUUAUCUUCAGAAUUUAAAUUCCAGCAAAGACCAGAAGACUGGGUUACGAUUCACGACAUGAUAAUUGCAGUGGACUGAUGGGAUAUUUGUAGUGGGAUUUACUAUUUAUGAAUCACAUAUACACGAUCAGAGCAUGUAAAUAUCAAAAGCAUGUAAAUAGUUUGUUGACCUAUGCACACGUAUCCUUUGGUACUUUCAAAAGAAAAUGUCUUUGACACUAGGAAAAUCAGUUUGUUUUUCUUUGCUGUUCCUUUGUGAACUUAUUUUCACUUUUUCAGACUGUUAAUAAACUUGGUUCAUUUUGA